GGCCUACGACACCCGACACGCCGUUGCCAUCCUUUUACGCGCUGAUCUUAAGCUAGAGGAGCUUUGAAUGAAGGAAGAGGAAAGAGACAGAACAGCUCAAAGCACAUAACGUAACAAUGGAGAUGCCGAAUUGCAAGGUAUAUGUUCGACCCAAGUUCCUCUCUCUCAUAUCGAUUGAGCACACUCUAGUCAGGUGGAAAGCUAAACGAAACAACACACAAAAAAAUGCCUCCCCCCAACACCACAUCCUUCGACAACACCUGGCAAACACCCCCAUCCUCAAACCCACCACCCAAGGCCUCAACAGCCCCCUCACCAUCCCACCCACCGACAUCCCCUGCUCCAUCCCCGCCGACGCGCACGCCUACGUCUACCUUCACGGCCGUUCCUUCCAACUCUUCCCCGACGCCACGCCCGAGCAACUCCAAGAUUACUUCGUCCCCGGCAGCGUGAUCCACGCCCUUUCCAGGCAUGAAAUCAUCAACCAUCUAAUCUCCGAGCCCAGCUUGCGAGAAAAAGUCUUUGAAACGGCGCCGAGGCUUUUUGUCAGGUGUCUCUUCUUGUUUCCUGAUUAUGAAGAGGUUCUGCAGAAGUUGAUCAAUUAUGGGGUGGAUGAUAAGUGGUUGCCGCUGAUGGUGAAUGAUUUGAAAGUGCCCGGGGAGGAGGAUUGGGGGUUUGAGGAGAGACUGGUUAAUACGUUGAUACCGAAUCAGGCGAGGUUUAUGGUUUCUGCUAGGUGGUUGGGGCCGGAGGGGGGAGGAUUACGCGAAGGGGAAGGGGAAGAGGAACGGAUUCCGGUUCUGACGGGACAGACGUUGCCGAUUUGGGUGAUGGCUGGUGACCAGGAUGCGGAGGCGAGGUAUAGGAGGGAGUGGAUUGGUGAGGAGAGGAGGGUGAAGGUGCAUGGGGAUCAUGAUUGUCUGAGGAAGCCAAACCCCCAAGGCCUCUACGCCCUCAAACUCAUCAAAUCCAUCUCCCCCUUCCCCUCCCAAACCUCCGGCUCAACCUCCGUCAUCCACUCCGCCAUCCACCGCAGCACCACCCUCCUCCGCUCGCUCCGGCACGUCCCCCCACCCGCACAUCACUCGGCACUUCAAAACUUUCUUCCACGACACCACAUUCUACACCAUCUUCCCCGCGGCCACCUGCCGCCUCGACCGCUUCAUCGGUAACCCUUCCAUUGGAAGUAUCACCUCCCCCGCUCGUCUGCGAGAGGUCAUGGCGCAGGUGGCUUAUCUGGCGGGUGCCCUGGCUAUGAUACACGAUAUCCCCUGCCGGCCAGGGGCAGGGAGAGGGGAGGAAGGGGAACUGUCUGGGAUGGCUCAGAAGAAGAAGACCGGGAAGAAAAAGGGCUUCCAUCUCGAUAUCUAGC